GCUUCCACUUCCCAAAUCCCAACAACGCCUCGGAGCAAACGGCCGGGAUGGCUAGGGUGGCGGCGAUCUUGGUCUCGUGUGUGCUGCUCCUGGCCGCCACGACGUCCUGCCACGGGCUCAAGUACGGCUACUACAACCGGCGGUGCCCCCCGGCGGAGUUCAUCGUCCGGAACGUCGUCGGCAGGGCCAUCCGCCGGAACCCCGGCGUCGGCGCCGGCCUCAUCCGCCUCGCCUUCCACGACUGCUUCGUCCAGGGCUGCGACGCGUCCGUGCUGCUCGACCCGACGCCGGCGAACCCGCGGCCGGAGAAGCUGGGCCCGCCCAACUUCCCCAGCCUGCGCGGCUUCGAUGUGAUCGACGCGGCCAAGGCGGCGCUCGAGCGCGUCUGUUCCGGCAAGGUCUCCUGCGCCGACGUCGUCCAGUUCGCCGGCCGCGACGCCGCCUUCUUCCUCAGCGGCUACAAGGUCAACUACGGGCUCCCGGGGGGCCGCCUCGACGGCCGCGUGUCGCUCGAGAACGAGACGCUCGCCUUCCUGCCGCCGCCGUCCUUCAACCUCUCCGAGCUCGUCGGCAGCUUCCGGGCCAAGGGCCUCAACGUCGACGACCUCGUCGUGCUCUCCGGCGCCCACACCAUCGGGCGCUCCCACUGCUCGUCCUUCUCCGACCGCAUCGGCACGCCGCCGUCCGACAUGGACGCCGGCCUCGCCGCCGUCCUCAGGAGGCAGUGCCCGGCGAACCCCAAUUUCAACAACGACCCCACGGUGGUGCAGGACAUUGUCACCCCCAACAGGCUGGAUAACCAGUACUACAAGAACGUGCUGCGGCGGAAGGUGCUCUUCAACUCCGACGCGGCCCUGCUCACGUCCGGGGAGACGGCGAGGAAGGUGGUCGAGAACGCGGCCGUCCGCGGGAGGUGGGAGAGGAAGUUCGCCAGGGCGAUGGUGAAGAUGGCCGCCAUUGAGGUCAAGACCGCCGCCAACGGCGGCGAGGUCAGGAGGAACUGCCGCGUCGUCAACUAGGACGACGACACAAAUGGACGACCGCGCGGCAGCGGCGGCGACGACAUCCUAUUACAUUAUUGCCACCUGCACGUACUUGCAGUGACCAUUCGUGCUGCAGAAUAAUCCUUCUGUUUUGAUUCAUUUGUCCAUUGGAAAGCACCGCUGUAUCACUAUUUUGAUUCUAAUAAUGGGAUUGGCACUCGAUUGAUUUUGUUA